AAUAUAUUAGGAAUAUCUUUUGGAUUAUUUAAUUGAUAUAAAUAUUAGUGAAUUAAGAAAGGACAUUGUUCCAUUAAAAUUAUGUUAUUCAUGGUAGAAUUUUUGAUUCUAUGGAUCGUAACUAGGUAUUUAAUUAAAUAUAAAUUCAGUUCGUAACUAAGAAAAAUAAAUAUUUCGCUCUUUCAUUCUGUCAGAGAAUUUCACAAAAGUCACACGCUUUUUUAUACUUCUACAUAUAUUUUACAUUUCACUUAUCCAGAAUUCGAAAAAAUACUACAUUUAUACACGAAUUCGUUUACAAUUAACUUCUUUUCAUUAGAAGAAGCAGAUUUGGGAUGGAUCCCUUCAGACCAAGAACGUCUCGUCCCAGAAGACGCUCAGAACCCCUCAUUGCAAAGCCACUACCCCAGGAUUUGAAAUAUGAAACAAAAACUGAAAGGAUUAAAGAUUCUCAAAAAACUGUACGCCCAAAGACAGCAUGUACUCAAUCUAAAUCUUCGAGUUCAAGACAUUCCAGUGGCGUACGAGGUACUGAAAGAUAUUUAUAUACUCAUCAUGAUUCAACAGAAACUGAAACAGAUACCGAAACUAUCAAAGCAACUUCUCCAAAACCAAUAUAUAACAAACAUAUAUCUACAAGGGAAUCUAGCAGAGCGGCCUCAAUACAAGGUGAUGAAAAAUUUUUUUCUGCCUGCGAUUUAACUGGUGCAGAAACAGAUACAGAAACCCUUAAACCAAUGUCCCCAAAAGAAUUUUAUUCGACUUCUGAGAAUCUCAUUGAUGAUAUAGUCGAUGAUUAUUCCUCCGAUUUUGAUUCUGAUGUUGAUGAUGAUAAUGAUGGUGCGGAGACUGUUAUAUCUGUACCUGAAAAAUAUUCGUUACCUGCCACUCCUAUGAGUUUUUGUGAUGCGCUCUCAUUUGAUAGCUUCAGAGAAUAUACAUCAACCGUAGAUUCUGAUGCAAGUACGGUAGUAUCAAUUGCUCCGAAACAAAAAAAAUCUCGUCAUCAGAGAAGAUCCAGCGGCGUACGAGAGGAAAUAUGCUUGAAAGAUGAGAAACCAAUAGUGCCAAUACUGAACUUGGACGAUCUUCGAAGUGUAAGCGAAAUAUCAUCUGUUAUGCUGAAAUCUGCAAGAGGAGUCACUGAUCUGAAACUGAGAGAUUCCAAAAGACGAGAUCCCUCAGGUUCUCGACUUGCUGAACAACUGAAGAAAAUUGACUCGAAAAACAUGCUAUUUUUCCCAUCAAGGACUCUAACACGCCCAAGCAUCGAAAGCAUUUAUGGACCGGUCAAAAAGAAGUCAUCAGUUUCUUUGAGAUCAUCUUCUACACUUCGCCAAAGUUCAAACACCCUGACCUCAUUAAAAGCACCAAGUAACGCCAGCAACGACAAGGCAAAGGCUCAGAAAACUCCUUUGGAAAAAGAUACCCCCCGUCCUGCAGCCAUAAAAGAAGCAACUGACAAGCCAGUUGAACCAACCGUCAAGAAGAUUGAACCGAAAAUUUUACCACCCCUAAUAACUAAAAAAAUUACAGAUAGGAAAGUUGACAGGAACCGUCCUGCUGGUCCUUUGAAACCUAAGCCUUUCAUGGCUUCAGGCUGUGGUAAAGGAAUUCCAUCUCUGGAGAACCUUCCAAAACCAGUAAUAGGAAGGGUACCAUCAUUCAUUUUGAAUAAACGAAAGGAAGCUGAAGAAAAAAAGAAAGAAGAAGAACAGAAAAAGAAAGAAGAGGAAGAAAGAGCGAAAGAAGCAGAAGAAAAAAAGAAAAUUGCAAAAGAGAUUAAAUCUAAAAGUUUGAAUUAUCUUCAGAACACAAUUAAACCUGCUAUACCAAGUGCAGCUUUAAUGAAUAGCAGAACAACUGAUGAUUUACUACCAAAAAGCAAAAUUCCCUUGAGAAAGCGAGGCUCUCAAAGUACAAGUAAUCUGAUUCCUACUACGGAAACAGGCAUUCUGAAGAGGGCUGCAACAGGAACAGCUCUGAAACCGAAGAAGAGCGUAACUUUUGCAGUACCCGAGCCUGAGAAUUCACCUAAAACUGAAAAACCCAAAAAACCUGUAAACACAACCUAUAUAGAUCCAUCUAGACGACAAUACAAAAAAUUCUUUGAAAAACUGCCCGUCUUUGAUGAAGGACCAUUACCUAUCACUGAACCCUCCCGACUUUACCAAGCCAUCAAGAAUAAAGGCUGGGAAUACUCUCAAUUCACCCCUAAGAAUCCCGAUUAUCCUGUACCUACCAUUCCCUACAAUUUCCUCGAUCAAUAUUUACAUAUAUUCAACAAUAAUCUGGAACGUGCAGCAGUGCAUAUGCGACAUGGCAGCGUAGCGAUUUGUAUCUGUGAUAAAGCAGGUGAUGCUGGCGAAUUUUGUGAGAAACAUAUCGAUACUGCCAAGUUGCAGUAUUUCCGAGAGGCUUGCGAAGUGAUGAUCUAUGUUUUGUCUGUUCGCUACGAAGUUCCUGAGUAUGACGAAGCAGAAAAAUUGUUCCAAGAGAAGUACCCCUACAUAUAUAACGAAUGGGUUCUGAAAUUCCCGACAAGACUAUCCAUGGAUUACCGCGUGAGAGAGGCUAGAUGCAAACUUGAAUUGGUGGGACACUGCCAACGCGUUUUGGAGGAGGAGCAACUUCUUGCAGAGUUCACCCAAAGCGAGGAGAUAAUAGGAUUGAAGAGAGAUAUCUCAAUAAGUGGACGCAUGAAGGAUCUUGACGACGACUUCGAAUUAUCUUAUACAUUUUUGGUCAAGGAGUAUCCAAACUUGUUCGUUCAAUUGGUACAAAAGAUUGAAUUUAUGCCUCUAGCGAUUGAAAGAAAGGCUAUCGGCACUCGUAGGAAACAAGUAGCGAAUAGAGCCUUAGUACCAGAUGAGAAAUUACAAGAAAUGGAGGAUCUCUUAAAAGCCCAAUCGCAAGAGCAAGAAGAGGAAUCUGAAGAACAAGAUGAAGAGAUUCAAGAACAAGAUGAAGAAUCACAAGAACAGGAUGAAGAAAUUGAAGAACAAGAUGAAUGAUCCAUUUUCUAUUGCUAUAUUUAUUAUACAUAUUUAUUUAUUGUGAUACAAAAUUCCUGUGAUUGUGAGUUGAAAAAUAAAAACUCAUUUCGUUAAUUUUCUCUCUUUCAAUGCAUUUAGAUAUUUUUUGGGGAUCUUGAUAAGAUUAUCAUAUACCUAAAACCAAAAUAAAUGACCCAGAAAGUAAUGACAUAAUUUAGAUGAGCUUAAAACACGAAUCAUGUCUAUACCUAAUAUAGUUUAUAUUCCAUCAAAUUCAGUCCGAUUCCAACCUAUAAGU